AACGCAGAAAGAGAGAGACUGCGACGACGACAACAACAACAGGCAACACGACAAACCACGACACACUCUGCUGCCCUCCCUCCUCUCUCGCGCCCCGGAGCCAUCGUCCCCUCCACCUGACCAACAAACAUGGCUACUACUCAGAGUGUGCAAUGCUUCGGCAAGAAGAAGACAGCCACUGCUGUCGCCCACUGCAAGGCAGGAAAGGGUCUCAUCAAAGUCAACGGCCAACCUUUAGCUCUCACCCAGCCGGAAAUCCUCAGAUUCAAGGUCUACGAACCCCUCCUCAUCGUCGGCCUUGACAAAUUCGCCGCAGUCGAUAUCCGCGUCCGCGUCACCGGCGGUGGUCACACAUCGCAGAUCUACGCCAUCAGACAAGCCAUUGCCAAAUCGAUAGUGGCCUACUACCAGAAAUACGUCGACGAGCAUGCCAAGAACCAGCUCAAACAGGCUUUCGUCCAGUUCGACAGAACCCUCCUCGUCGCUGAUAACAGACGCGCUGAGCCUAAGAAGUUCGGCGGUCCUGGUGCUCGUGCUCGUUACCAAAAGUCUUACCGUUAAACCGAUAUUGUGCGUGUGUUGUUGUGUUGUUAUGCGGGGGCGAAAGAGGACGAAGAAGAUAAAUGGGGUGGGGGAGUAUGGAAAAUAAGGGAAUUUUUCAUUACAUCUAUCGGUUGGGUUGGGUGGUUUUUGCCGAACGAUAGCACCUAGCGUUUGAUUAUGUUAAAACAAACUUGCUAGGGGGAACGAUAGAAUAGGGCCAUUUUUUUCCUUUGCCUUUUCUUUAAACCCUUUUUGCAAUCCAAUUUCCUUCUAUUUUGUUCAAACUAAUGGUCUGUUUUCCCAAUAUGUCCUGACGUGAUUGUGAUAUGAUGUGAUUAUGGAAAAAGUACAAUUUCGACAAAAAUGGAUCAAACUCAAAGAGUACCGGAUCAUGCAUAUGAACACUUUACAAUCUAUGCCGUGGAGGUGCAAAGAUUAGUCCUUACCGAGGAUGAAUAUCAUGCUACGGACUCACCCGCCUCCUCGUCCUCUUCCACUUCCUCUACCAAGCCUUUUUCAAGGCUAUCUCCCU